AUGAGACUCGAGCUCCCCGUCUCGUUGAUUGCCCUGCUGGCAUGCUCGACUCCCGUCUUCUCGACCCUCCAGUAUUGUUCUACGGUGAACACCGGUUCGAAGAACGCUGGCAACUCUAGUAUCUACCAGUCCAACGGUCUCUGCACGACACAAUGCUCCUCGGAUUAUGCAUUCGGAAUCGUACAGGGAAGCGAAUGUUGGUGUUCUAACAUUGCUCCAAACAAAGCAACGAAUGUCAACAUCUCGAAGUGCGACCAGGACUGUCCCGGAUAUCCGGACGAUAGCUGCGGUAGCACAACCGAUGGCCUCUAUGGUUAUAUCGCAAUGGAUGGUCACAACCCUUCCGGCACGGCAACCGCCCCUACGUCCUCCAGUACAUCCACCAAAACCUCGAAAACCUCCGACAGCUCCACUGGAGAUGCUACAACGACCACCACGGGGAAAACCUCCGUUGAAACACACGGCGGCGUGGUGAAAACGAUCACUGUUCCAAACUCUCAGCCCACAUCAUCAUCGACCGGAUCAUCCAACAACGAUGAUAGCUCAAGCUUAAGUGGAGGAGCCAUUGCGGGUGUGGUGGUUGGUUCUGUGGGUGGCUGUGCUGCCAUUGCCGCUAUUAUCUUCCUCGUCAUUCUCGCACGACGCCGCCAGCGAUCCCCCAGUCCCGACGGGAGCGUCCAAAACAUGCUGGUUGACGGCCGGAACAGCAAGAGCUCGCAAAUGAGUUUCAUGAGGGGCGUCUCGGACAAUCACAGCCACACCUUAUCGGCAGGGUCAUCAAUCGGUGGGCGCCUUCCAACGUUCACCGAUAACCGCAUGAAAACGGACACCGUGCUUUUCCCCACCGGCCGUCGUGCUAGCGACGUAUCCCUUCAGGACAACGAAGACUACUCACGACCAGUCCUACGGCUUACAAACCCCGACUAA